AUGCUCUCCCUACAACAUGCCUACCCUGGCCAUCCAAAGGGUUCAAUUCACAAUCUCCUCUUGCCAGAUAGGUCUCUUCUCCUCUAUCCCUCGGCCGAUGCAGUCAUCAUCCUCAGUGCUCAAUCACUCGCUCUCGUCCGUGCUCUCGCUUUCGGGGAGGUGUUUCCCGGGGUCCCCGGAGAGAUAUCAAGCAUAUCAGUGGAUUCAGGCAUGAAAUUAAUUGUCGCUGCAAUAGCCAACCGGGUCGCAACCUGGUCCCUUUCCGGCGUACAGAACGACGUAUGGCGGGUGCAUAGCUCUUUAAUACUACCCCAAGACCAUAUAGUGACCACCCUCGACAGCAAGUCAGGUCUCCUCGCAAUUGGAACAACUCGUGGACUGUCCGUAUACACCCUCAUACUCGAAAAUGACUUACCCACCUGGUCGCAGAAGUGGAUUGUAUCAUUCAAGCAUACCCCCGCGUUGAUUCGUUUUGCACCAUCGUUGGCUUACAUUGCAACCACAACGCAAGUGAACAACGCCAUCAGGCUGUAUUCAACCACUACUGGACGUGAAAUUCAGGCAAUCCCCCACCCAAGGCCCGUCAGUAGCUUUUCAUGGCGACUUUCGUCAGCCUCUAGUCGUGAUGAAUUAAUUCUGUACACUACCACCGUCGACUCGACUCUACGCAUCUUUCUCCCUGUGUUAGACUCCCCCCAACACCUCCAGUUGCACGCCUCCAUAGAACUUUUCUCUUCAGCAUCUUACUCCCUGGUUUCUCAACAACCGCAAUAUCGAGCCUCUACUGUGUUUCACCUCGAUGGACACGCUUUGCGCCAAAGUUUAGAUGUUCUCCUCAAACAAGACUUGGAAGACACGAACUUCCGAAGACUACGUGACAUUAAAGAUGAGAAUUGGGAUAUUUUCUUUCGCGUGGUGGGAGAUGGUGGUAUUAUUCUGACAGCUGUGGCCAACAUCGAUCGUAGGCCACCAACCCUACUGUAUCACUUCACGUUGCACCAUUCACCACCUUCAUUCAUGCCCGAUCCACCCUCUCAUCUCUUUAUCUUCCCAAGCUCCAAAGUUUCGACUGAUCUGACCAUGGUAACUUCCCCGCCUUUGACGUCGCUGAAAUUGUCUCUCUAUGACUUCUUCGAUGGGAAGAAGGAUGGCCUGAAACUAGUUGCACGCCGUCUUACGAGGGCGAUCGGGGAGGAAACGGGGAUAUUACAUUUCUUACGGACUCCAGAGGGCGAAGGUCUUGGCGUUAUUCGUAAAGAUUGUACAGGGGAAAACUGGUCUCUUGAUGCACCAACUUCGAUUUUGACGAGAAAAGGAGCUUGGACGGCCACAGACCUCGCCGUAGUUCUUGAUCGCGGCCGUAAUUUUGCUACAUACACCAGGACGAACGGCACCCUCACUCUGCACACACAACCCUCUGUGACUCUCUAUGUUCCCGCAAUCAAGUCGCUAUUCACGUUGCCCUCGAAUUCUGGACACGAUUCAAUUAUCGGCAUAGGGGACGGUUUCUCAAUCGCGCACAUCUUAGUGAGCGGUAACGGAACUGACCAUCCUCCGAGUCUAUCGUUGCAUUCUUACAGCCAACUUCCCAUCACGUUCUCUCCAACAACUGUGAUGGUCCCUGUUGAUCCCAUGGCAUGGGUCCAUCGCGAUUCGUGGACAGAAUAUGAUGCGCUGCUGAGCGUUUCCGAGUCAGGAGAACUUGCGUUCUGGAAACCAGAAUCUGAGGGAUUGAGUCAUUUUCGGAGUGUCAAAAAGGUCGCAAAUGGCUCAUCUAAUGAACAGGGAUCAGAAUGGCGGUGUACAGGUCAAGUGAAAACAGAUAGAAGGAAUAUUAGGAAGGCCAGGUGUAGUUCGAUGAAGAAGACAGCGUUGGUUUCCGUAGUCAGCGAUGGGGAAGAGCUUACAAUAUGGGACUCAAAGGAAUCGGAGUUUGCCUCGGGGCUGGAGUAUCAUCGAAUUUUCUGUGAUUCGAUCAACGACCUUGAUUGGACUUCUACUCCUGACAUGCAGUCCAUAUUAGCAGUCGGGUUCUUGCAUCACGUAGAACUCAUAUGUCAACAGCGUAUGACUUAUUUCGAUGAAGGUCCAGGCUGGUCAACAUGUUGGAAGAUAGAAAUCGGAAACUUUAUACCAUAUUCAAUAAGUGAUUCCAUCUGGUUAACUGGUGGAUCGUUGCUCGUCGGGGCUGGUCAUCAAAUGCUUCUGUACGGAUCUGGAAGGAACAAAGAAACGGAAAGUUUGUUCGAAUAUGUUGCUCGGAAUAAUGGUCCUCUCCAAGAUUAUCAUCCACAGAUACUUCUCCAGUGUCUCUUAUGGGACAAGGUCGAGUUGGUCAAGGAAAUCAUCGUCAGCCUCGCAAAGGCGAUAGAAAUCUCUUUCUUAUCAAGAUGGACGUGGCAUUCUUUACCAGUAGAGAGGUUUUUCAAGGAAGACUACGGACAAACAGCUAUCAUCCAUCGGAAACGAUACACAGUUCUGUUUGAUGGACCGGGGCUUAACACCGAUGAAGAAGAAGGAUUUGGUCGUUCGUUGGUUCUGGGACUCAUAGAAAGACUUGAGGCUAACCCGCUUCCCCAUCUCACUCCAAACGAACAUGCACAUUUACUCGUGCUAAUACAGACCACCUUGGAGAUCGAUGAACAGAGUCGUGCGUUAGAUUCCAAUGGACUGCGUUAUCUAAUAUCAAUGCGGUCCUUCUAUAUUCUCAACCGUCGUGCAUCCUCACCGUCUUCCCCGGAGUCUCAGGGCAGUGUUCCGCGAGGCACCAUUCGCAGAGAACGACUGCGGUAUCGGGAUAUGACAUGGGCGUUCCAUAGUGAAAGUCAGGAAUUGUUAUUGAAAGCUUCAGAAGCUGCGUGUAAUGGGAAAAUCGGAUGGUCGGAUGCCAGAGCCCUCGGCAUCGCCAUAUGGUUGUCUUCCAUUGACUCGCUGAAAGCACAAAUUGAGAAUAUAGCGCGAAACGAAUACAUGUUUAACGACACUCGGGAUCCUACCCGCUGUUCUCUGUUUUAUUUCGCUCUCGGCAAAGUCAAACUUGUGCAUGGACUAUGGAAGCGGGCUGCUUGGCAUAAGGAGCAGGCAUUAAUGCUCAAGUUCCUUUCUAACGAUUUCACACAACCUCGCUGGCGGACAGCUGCACUCAAGAAUGCAUUUGCUUUAUUAAGUAAACAGCGCUUCGAGUACGCUGCUGCUUUCUUCCUGCUCGGCGGCUCCUUGAAGGACGCAGUGAAUGUCUGUGUGAAACAGCUGAAUGACUUCCAGUUGGCGGUAGUGAUCGCCCGCAUCGUGGAGCAAAGCAAUGACGGUCCAGUGCUGCUCAGUAUCCUCAAGAAUAUAGUCGUUCCUAUUGCGUUCCAGGAUGGCAAUCGGUGGCUAGCUAGCUGGGCCUUUUGGCUGCUACACCGAAGAGAUCUUAGCGUCCGCAUCCUUAUUACCCCGCUUCGAGAACUUGUAGACGCUCUAGAAAUUCCUGUGGAAGACAUUGGAGAACCUCACUAUGACGAUCCUAGCUUGGCGUUACUUUUCUCCCAGCUGCGUUCGAAGACCUUACAGACCGCGAAGGGAAACAGCGAGAUUUCUGGUCGUUUGGAAUUCAACUUUGUCCUCCAAAUAGCCCGUGUUUUUUGUCGAAUGGGUUGCCACGUGCUCGCUCUCGACCUUGUACGAUCGUGGUCGUUCGAACAUCCUGUCAUCCAUGAAAAAGAACAAAGUACAACUGCUGACUCUAAUAGAACUCCCAGUCCGAGUACAUCUCGGAGGACUAUGUUCUCUCUACAUCGAAGGCGUUCUUCGAUGAUGAUCGAUAUGGAAAUACCUUCUUUCCCUCCGACUCGUAAAGCGUCUCCCGAAAGAAAACCAACACCCAUUCCAGAAGAACCGAUCAAGAAUGAGGGUGAUCUCUUCGCCAGGAAGGCUGGGCUCGGAAACUUGAUGCAAUCUGCAAAACACGACGUAAAGGUACAAGAAUUCGAUAUGAAUGUAUUUUUCUGA